GUUGUCAUUUAUGCUCUAAAACCCUAACUAGAAGCCAUGGUGAAAUGGUGACACCAUUUAACAAAAGCUUGCAAGCAUAGGUCUGUCACUGAAGCAUCUUUCCCGUCUUCUCGUUGCUCACAGGACAAUGGCCGCAACGACGACGUCCUCCAUGGCUCUCAUGAAGAUGAUGAGGUUCACCGACUCCUCUCCGUCGUCAACCGCUGCCGUGUCAGCUAGAGUCCUUCCGUUUAGAAAUCCCGGCCGCCUUCAUUUCCAGCUUGGCUCCACUUUCCGGAGGACGAUCACCACUCACAGAGAUUCAAUUUCUUCUUCGAACUCCGCCACCGCUUUUUGCUGCUCAUCCGCCGUUACCGCUUCAGUGACGGCUGAGUCCUCUUUCAAUGUUAUUGAUGGGAAAAAGGUCUCGAAAGAAAUCAAAGAAGAAAUAUGUGCUGAAAUAGCGGAGAUGAAGGAUGCUAUAGGAGUUGUCCCUGGUCUGGCAGUUAUCCUGGUUGGGGAAAGGAAGGAUUCUGCAACUUAUGUGCGCAACAAGAAAAAGGCGUGUGAAGCUGUGGGGAUCAAGUCAUACGAAGUGUGCUUACCUGAAAAUUCAACGGAAGAGGAAGUGCUUAAGCAUAUUUCCAGCUUCAAUGAUGAUCCCUCAGUUCAUGGCAUUCUUGUUCAGUUGCCUCUACCUUCGCAUAUGAAUGAGCAGAACAUUUUGAAUGCUGUUUGCAUUGAGAAGGAUGUUGAUGGAUUCCACCCAUUGAACAUUGGUCGUCUGGCCAUGCGGGGUAGAGAACCAUUGUUUGUUCCCUGCACGCCAAAGGGAUGCAUCGAGUUGCUGCAUAGGUAUGAUAUUGGAAUCAAGGGAAAACGAGCUGUUGUCAUUGGCCGGAGUAAUAUUGUUGGAAUGCCUGCUGCUCUGCUUCUGCAAAGGGAAGAUGCUACUGUCAGUAUCGUGCAUUCCAGAACAAAGGACCCUGAGGAAAUUACAAAACAAGCGGAUAUCAUAAUUGCAGCCGUGGGGCAGCCAAACAUGGUCCGAGGUAGCUGGAUCAAGCCUGGCGCAGUUAUCAUUGACGUUGGAAUUAAUCCAGUUGAGGACACUACAAAUCCCCGAGGCUAUCGACUUGUAGGGGAUGUUUGCUACGAGGAGGCCAGCAAGGUUGCUUCAGCUAUUACUCCGGUUCCUGGAGGAGUUGGGCCAAUGACUAUAGCUAUGCUUCUCUCCAACACACUAAUAUCAGCAAAGCGAAUUCACAACUUGAAAUGAGAUUUUGACAUUACUUCACUGGCUAGGUCUAACAUCAAGUGCAAAUAAUCUGGAUGGGUUGUAAACUGGAGACCCAAGAACCAACUUGCAUCACAGCCAUCAAAUUCAUCAACUGUCACACUCGGUGUGACUGGUCAUGUUGAAAUUUUGAAUGAUAUAUGAGAAAAAAUGUGUGUGAUUUAAACAGCUACAUAGAAUUUCAGGCUGUAAUAAAAUAUAUAUAUGUACAAUUUGUGGAAUUAUUAUUCUUUUCACAGUUGAGUAAAUAUACAGGUCACUUCUCUGGUGUGUUUCACAAUA